AAUAAAAGGAAAAGAAAGGAAGUCAGCCCCUUAAGCGGAGUCAUUCGAUUCCGCCAGUCACUGACGCCGUUUCUCACUGCUUCAAGUUGUCUAUUUAGCGUUUUAGGCCUGAGUUCCGUACCAACAUCGGGUUACUGGAGACUGCGAGUUCGAGCAAAUCGAUUCCCACAAAGCCGCCUGCAGAUCUCCGACAAAUUUCAAGCUAGACACGGGCAACUAUUCUAUCUUUUCUGAUCUAUCUAUUUCUUUUUCGUUUUCAUUAUUAUUCUUCAUUUGCUGAUCUGAAAAUUGUCUCUGCAUUUUACGUUCCCGCAUUCGCUCAGCAUGCUGAUUUUUUGUUUUGCUUGGUUACUGAGAUCUGAUUUGAGAGUGGAUUUUGGAAUUCAGUAACAAUGCAUUUGUGGAGACUUGGUGACUUUUGAACUUUCUUGCCCACGUCUCUCUAUAGGGGAUCUAAUCUUGACAGUCUGCUCACCCUAAUGAAAAUGCUCAUACACAUAAUAACUCGUUAGCAAGUGCAAAGCAAUCACUAGUAUAAGUCAGAGCAUAUGUGAUUUGUGAUUGCGAUUCUCUGUUUGGUGUAAACAAAGUAUAUUUUGGAGAAUGAUUUAGUUAGUCAAAAGUAGUUCGUGUAGUGUAGUGGGGAGAUACUUAUGCAUGUAUUAUAGCUCAUGUUGUUUAUUCUUAUGCAAGUGAGACUGCAAUCGUGCCCAGCAUCUAGUAGUUAUGCAUGAAAAAUGCUGAGUACUGCAAUUCUUUUAGGUUGGUUUGAGGGGGAUUCCUAUUUCAUGCUAUGUGAAAAAAAAGAGAGAAUUGUGACAGGCAUCAACCAUUGAACUCUAAAGAAGUUCUUUUUUUUCUUCAGUUAUUGAGUGAUUCAUUAUAUUGUCAUAUGUAGGCUUGAUCUGCCCGGAAAAUUCCAAAUGAUGAUCCUAAGAAAUAGUUUGUUGCCACAAUUCUUUUCUAUGUAAUGGUAGUUCUUUCUUAUUAUAUUUUUGUUGAGCUGUUCCCCAUUUUAUCUCUGUUCGUUCUUUUCCCACCUCGUAAAACACUUUUAUGAUUUGAUCUGUCCUUGUAAUCGCUUAUAUUCAAUUUAUUCUAAAAUCAGUCCGGUUUCCUAUUUCGUGGGCACUUUUGAAUUGUCUUAUGUGAAUGUGAAUGGUCUUAUCAACAUUGGAAAUAUACUAUGAAGUAUUCCAUCUUUCUCUUGCCUAAUUAUACUGUUUGUUGCUUUUAAGAAAAGAAGCUGGCUCAUUAAUGUUUUGGAUCUGAGCAUGGGUUCUUCUGGAUAUUGAGUCUGAUCUUUGAGAAUGGUGACUUUUAAAAAUAUGACUAAUAAUAAUAAUGAUGACGCGGAGAAUCCAGGAGAUGUUGCAAGCCAGAGAGGUCCAGAAGCUGCUACUCCCUCUGGUGAAAUACAAACAACCUGGCAUGGUGGCUUACUGAAGCAAGUCUCCAUAUAUGGAAUAGCUGCUGGGUAUUGCUUAUCUGCAUCUUUGCUUUCCAUCAUCAACAAAUGGGCGGUCAUGAAAUUUCCUUAUCCCGGGGCCUUAACUGCUUUACAGUACUUCACAAGCGCAGCAGGGGUCCUCAUUUGUGGCUGGGCUAAGUUCAUUGAGCAUGACAGGCUUGACCUUUUGACCAUGUGGCGCUUCAUGCCUGCGGCAAUUAUAUUCUACCUUUCUCUCUUCACCAACAGUGAGCUGCUUCUCCAUGCCAAUGUUGACACUUUCAUUGUCUUCCGUUCAGCAGUUCCCAUAUUUGUUGCAAUAGGAGAGACCCUCUUCUUGCACCAGCCAUGGCCAUCAUUUAGAACGUGGAUCUCACUUGCCACUAUUUUUGGAGGAAGUGUGCUCUAUGUUCUAACAGAUUACCAGUUCACAUUCAUGGCUUAUAGCUGGGCUCUAGCUUACCUGGUAAGCAUGUCCAUAGAUUUUGUGUACAUAAAGCAUGUAGUCAUGACCAUUGGUUUGAAUACGUGGGGUCUUGUGCUGUACAACAAUCUUGAGGCUCUGAUACUGUUUCCUUUGGAGCUGCUUAUAAUGGGUGAAUUGAAAAAGAUAAAACAUGAAAUCACGGAUGAGUCAGAUUGGUACUCUUUCCAGGUGGUUUUGCCAGUGGGGUUAUCUUGCUUGUUUGGUUUAUCCAUCUCUUUCUUUGGAUUUUCUUGCCGGAGGGCCAUUUCAGCAACAGGAUUUACUGUUCUUGGGAUAGUGAACAAGCUAUUAACAGUUGUGAUUAAUUUGGUUGUUUGGGACAUGCAUUCGACAUUUGUGGGAACAAUGGGGCUUUUAAUUUGUAUGCUUGGUGGGUUUAUGUAUCAGCAGUCUACGAGCAAAAAGCCUAAAGAUGUAAAAGAAGUAAAUGCACGAGAGACUGAUGAGGAGCAACAAAAGUUGCUUGAAAUGCAACGCAACACACAAGGCAAUGGCAAUCAGAAGGAAGUUGCAGAAUCAGAACUGGGAAAAUGAAAGAGCUUAUGUUAACUACUAUCAUUUUAUUCUCAUUGCUGCAAAAUUUAUUUCUUAGGUCCAGCUUUAAUGAUCGGUCAAUUCUUGGAGGUGGGGACUUCGUCUGCUCUACCUUGACAAUUCAUUUAUGAAGAAGAUACUGCUCCCCGAAAUGCAGUUUAAGGAUGGACUCAGACAUGACUGACUGGGUUGAAGUGACUCUUUGUUCCAUCUCAAUUCUCAAUUCAUUUCAAUCUCUACGGAAGUUCAUUAUUAUUGUCGACCUAUUCGGCAACAUCAAUUUGACCUAAGGAAACCUGGUAAAAAAAUGUACUAUUUGAAUUCUUGGCAUUGUAGUUGUUUGAAAACUUCCCACCGAUCCACAUGGUCCAUGUAUUAGUGCCUUUGAUCUUGGUAUUGAUGCAUUCCAUAAGGCAUGCAUCAGAUAGAGUGAACAUAUACAUCGAUUGGUUAAAUUUCUCAUAGAUCGAAAGGCAUGGUUUUUCCAUUCA